AUUCGAUUUAAAAAAAGAAAAAGUUUGCAUGAUCGUGAUAAUGAAAAAAGUAAUCUUGAAGAAUUAAGAGUUCUAAUUAAAGAACAAACCGAAACUAUUAUUGAAUCUAUUAAGGAUCAGCAAAUCCGUGCUACUGAAAUUCAGCAAAAACAACAUACUAAACAAAUGGAUAUCUUUAGACAAUUUUUAAUGAAGUUCUAA